AUGCAGGACUUCCCCUGGAAAAACCACAGUUCUGUGUCUGAGUUCAUCCUUCUGGGCUUCUCCAGGGAUCCCAAAGUUAACAUAAUCCUCUUCAACAUCUUCUUCUUCCUCUACCUCUCUACACUUGUGGGCAAUGGGCUCAUUGUCACCUUGAUCCACCUGGACUUCCAGCUCCACACACCCAUGUACUUCUUCCUCAGUGUUCUUUCCAUGCUGGACAUGAGCUAUGUCACCACCACUGUGCCCCAGAUGUUGGUGCAUUUGGUCUCUCUGAAAAAAACUAUCUCUUAUGCUGGCUGUGUUGCCCAGAUGUACAUCUUUCUGGUGUUGGGCAUCACUGAGGGCUGGCUUUUCUCUGUCAUGGCCUAUGAUAGAUAUGUGGCUAUCUGCCACCCACUAAGGUACAAGAUUAUCAUGAGUCCAGGGUUGUGUGGGGCAAUGGUAGUCUUUUGUGGACUGUGGGGUAUCAGCUGUUCCUUAGUCUACACUGUCUUUACCAUGCGCCUGCCUUACUGUGGUCCCAAUGAGAUCAACCACUUCUUCUGUGAGGUCCCCGCAGUUCUGAAGCUGGCCUGUGCAGACACAUCUCUCAAUGACCGAGUAGAUUUCAUCCUGGGUUUCAUUCUUCUACUGGUACCUCUCUUCUUCAUCCUGGCCUCAUAUGUCCGCAUCUUUUCCACCAUCUUGAAGAUCCGCUCAGCCCAAGGUCGACUCAAGGCCUUCUCCACUUGCGCAUCCCACAUCGCUGUGGUCACCAUGUUCUGUGGACCUGCCAUGUUUAUGUACAUGAACCCUGGAGCCAAUGCCUCCCCAGAGAGAGACAAGAAACUGGCUCUGUUCUACAAUGUUAUCUCUGCCUUUCUCAACCCCAUAAUCUACAGCCUCAGAAACAAAGAUGUGAAGAGAGCUUUCCUCAAAGUAACAGGCUGGGGCAGGGCCCUUGAGUGA